GCUUCAGAAACUUCUUUAUAUGUACGGAAUACUACUGUUCUACAUAACUGCUAUACAAUAAGUCUACAUACCUACUUAUUUGAUUUCUGUGCUAUUGGCUUGAUACUUCUACUUCUAAAUAAAGUAUAUUCGUUGGUUGUUAGCGUUAAAAUGGCUUUGCAAGCCUAUAGAGGUCUCCUCCGAGCAGCGAGGGUAGCUUUUCAAGGCGAUGAACGAGUCCUAACCGCAGCACGAGCCUCGAUACGUGAAAGUUUCCGCGUCAAUGCCUCGCUAGAGUCCACGGAUCCUGAGUUACCGGGCGCCAUCAAGCAUGCUGAAGAAGUUGCCGCCAUUUUACGACAGAAUAUAGUGCAGGGGAGGAAAGACGGCGAAAUAUAUAAGCUACGGAUACAUGAGGAUACGGAACGUGGCGACAACGAUACAGUAAAGCUCCCGAAUGGUCAUACCGUUAAAAUCGAUGGGAAGACGUGUGCCGAUAGGUGACACAGACAAUAAGGCUACGUCCUUGAAGUCUUGUAUUAUAUCAUGAUACCCAGUGUACCAACAAACAUCAUAACCACUGUCAAGUGGUUGC